AUGAAGCGAUUUUUUACUUAUUUACGUUCGGCUGUCGCUCAGCUAGACCAAGAUCAUUCAACAAGUCGCAGAGUGGCAAAGAUUGACGGUGCCGAACGCGUUACAGUAGAUUCGUCGGCAUUGCAUUGUCCAGUUUGUUUUUGUAUAUUUUCUUCUACGCCGUUUAUCUUCAACUGUGGUCAUUCAUUUUGUCGGAAUUGUGUCAAGAAGCUUGUCGAAAACUCAUAUUCCGACACGGCGCGGUUUCGUUUCUUCAUCUCGUUUUCAUUUGUUAAUAUAAGUAGGGUUUUUGAAUGUCCUAUGUGUCGACAAGUAACUUCCUCUGAAGCUCAUUUCACUAAAAAUUACUUAGCUGGCGCUCUGUUGCAAUCAGUAUGCGAAAUUACUCAGAAUGAAAAAGAAAGCUCUGUGGAUUCUAAUUUAAGGAUUUCGCUUCAACUGAUUUCACGAAAAUUUCUGGAAGAGCAAGAGAAAAAUAGCAUUUUACGGAAAAAAUAUGAAGAGGAACGAGUUCGCAGUCGGCGCUAUCUUAUUCUAUUGGUUAUGGAGAGUGCAUUAUUUGUAGGUUCGGCGCUUUUAUCCAAUAUAUUAUUUUCCUAA